AUGAAGUUCACUCAAGCAUCGAAGGAGGCUUGGAAAAAGAACAAAAUUCCAACUGAUACAUAUCGAAAACAACAAAAGAAGAAAGAGAGGAAAAAAAAAAAAAAAGAAAGAGCUGAACAGUUAGAAAAAGUUAUAAAUAAAAAAAAUCCUUAUGUAGUUAAAGAAAAGCUAGAUAUUCUCAAAAAAAAAGAAAGUCAAGGAAAAUUAUUACCAUCUGAAAAAAAUAAAUUAAAACAAUAUGAAAAAUUAUGGAAUUUAAUAAAAGAAAAAGUAAAAAAUAAAAGUUAUGUAUAUAAUAAUAAUGGAAUAGUAUAUAAUAUAAAUGAUAAUGAAAAUAAUUAUCAAGACAAAAUAUCUAAAACUAUAUCAGAUAUUGAUUCAAGUGUUAGUAGUGAAAAUGAUGAUAAUUCAUCUAACUCAUCUUAUUAUUCAUAUGAUGAAACAAUAAAAAGUGAAAGUGAUGAAAGUGGAAAUAAUUUUUUGGAUGAAUUGCCAUCUUUACCUAGUGGAUUACCAGAUGAAUGUAUGGAAGAGCAUACACGAUUAUGUGAAAAUGGGUACUUUAAUCCUAACUCUAUUUCUAAUAUGAAUAAUUAUUAUUAUUAUUCUCAAUUUAGCGCACCUAAUAACAAUAUUCCUAAAGGUUAUAUGCCUAACCAGCUACCUCAUAAUAACAGUAAUGCAAAUGGACAUCAAGCAUACUUAGUGAAUUAUUAUUAUAAUUCAUAUGCACAAUAUUAUAAUAACUUUAUUUAUAACAAUAAUUAUAUGAACACGCAAUAUCCAAAAGGAGCUGCAGUAAAUCCUACAAAAAGUAGUGAUAUUGCUGAUACUUAUAAUAAUAAAGAAAAAACAAACCUUACAAAUAAUUUAGUAAACGAUUUAAAUAGGGAAAAUGAUAAAGAGGAGAAUGACACUUUAAAUAUAGACAACAAUAAUGAUACCCAAUCUGGUGUCACUCGAAAUGAUUCUGAGAAAAAUUCUGAAAACAUCGAACCAAACAAUGGUAAAGAAUGUGAUAACUAUAAUGAUGAAGAAGGAGAAAUAGGAAACAAUACUAGUCAGAAAAAUAGUGACGAAAAUAAUAAUGGAACUUUAUCUGAAGUAGUUUCUAGUAUGAAUAAUGCGAACUAUGCUAAUUAUGCAAACUAUUAUAUGAAUUAUUAUCAAAAUUAUAAUAUGUAUAUGAAUAAUGCAUUUAAUAAAAACAGCAAAAAUGAUAAUAUAAAUCCUAUGCCAAAUUAUCCAAAUAAUUAUUACUAUAAUUAUUCUUACAAUAUGAACAAUAACAUUCCGGCUCCACCUGGAUAUAAUAAUAUUCAAAAUAGCUCGAUAAAUAAUAGUAAUAAUUAUAAUAUAAAUUCAGGUUUUAAAAAUAAUAUGAACUCUAAAAAUUUUUCAAAUAAAGGGAAAAGACAUAAUUAUGGUGAUGGAAAAAAUGUUACUUAUUCAUCACCAAAAAAAAAUAAAACAGGGAAUAAUAAUAGUUUUUAUAAAAAUUCUUCAAAUAAUAUAAAUAUGAAUAAUAAUGAAGCAAAUGAAAAUAAAAAUAAUAAUGUACAUAAUUUUAAUGAAACGAAUAAAGAAAAAGAAGAUAAUACACAAUAUUUUGUUCCUAUCAAUUUAAGAGUAAAAAAUAAAUUAAAUGAUUUAUGUGAAACAAAAAUUAAUAUAGUUGACAACAAAAAUACUGAUAAGAAUAUUAAUAUAGACAUGGAAUAUAAUAAAUUUAUUAAGGAAGUAGACAUGAAUUAA